UUUCUUAUUACGAUAUUGUUUUAUCUUGGGUUAAACGUAAGCUAUGGAUCAGGCAACUUUGCCAUGGAUGUUCUCAACUAGAUGCAGAAUUCUAGCCUUCUUAACGGUGGUUAUUAUAUUCAUGGAGAUUACAAUGGUGAACAGAUGGGAGACAUUAAAUACCACCAAUCCUUCAGCAACCAGCAGUCUGAACAUGAACAAAUGGAAUAUAAAGAGUUCUUUCCGCGAACUUGAAAUUGACUUCAACGGAGGUAUUCCCUCUAUUAAAAAAGAGAUAGAUGAUAUAUUGAAUAUGAAAGGUGGCGAUUAUAAUUCAAAUGAAUUACCGGAAGUUACAGAUGAUGCAACACACACACAAGCACUGGUAGAACCACAAACAACUACCAUACGUUCUUCAUUUACAACAACUAAUAAUGACUCGAUGUACAUACAAUCAGAGCUGAUUCGUAGGCUGAAGGCUGCGACUGACAGGAAGAUAAUACUUGUCUGGAUUCCAAUGUUUGGUGUGAAGGAUCCACAUCCCAUCGACGCUAAAAAAUGCGGGAACUGUGAAGUAACUUAUGACAGAAACAAGAUAAAUGACGAGAAAACUGGGGCAGUUGUGUUUCACUUUGAUGCAAUUAGAGCUAACAACAUGCCAUCUACAAGAAACCUUAGUCAACUUUACAUAUACUGGGACCUGGAAUCGACUGCAACCCUGCGCGUCGUCAGAGGACAGUCCUUACAGUUCGAGGACAAUUUUCAUUUUAAUGGGACCAUGACAUACAGGCGGGAUUCGGAUUUCUAUCAAAGUUAUGAACACGGAUAUAAUGUGGCAAGAAUCUUGGAGGAAAACACUCGUACACCCGAAGAACUGCUCGCUAUGAAAACCAAACUAUCUGUAGCAAUUGUCUCAAACUGUGGCUACACUCCUGGAGCACGCACUCGAAUAAAAAUGCUUAAGGAGCUUAUCGGAUUGGGAUUUAAGCUAGAAGGAUUUGGUGGAUGCUUUAAAGGUGGUAAAUUUGCUAAUGGUAAAGGCCGAGGCGAGCCGGAAUUCUUCGUUGAAGUGAGGAAAUAUAAAUUCUAUUUUUCGUUUGAAAAUUCUCAUCACUGCAAAGACUACAUUACUGAGAAGUUUUUCAAUAAUGCCAUCAGAUCAUUGACUGUACCUGUUGUAUGGGGAGCAAAUAAAAAGGAUUACGAAGCAGUGGCCCCACCAGGAUCAUUUAUAUUUGCUGAAGAUUUUGCUUCUAUGAAAGAUUUAGCAGAUUAUCUCAAUUAUCUAGAUAAGAACGACACGGCAUAUCUAGAGUAUCUUAAGUGGUUGACGAUGAAGCCGAGUGACAUGCCACAGUACGGAAGAGCAAGAGAAUGGUGUUCAAUAUGCAGAGCUUUGCAUGGAAUCAACUAUGAUGACAGUUACAGUCCAAAAUAUAAUAAGACGAACCCAGUUAGGCCCUUAUUUACAGACGGUGUAGCCCCUAGAACUGUUGAACACUUAAUAGACUGGUAUUACGGAGAAGAUAAUCCCGAGUGUUUUUCUAGGUAAAGUUAUAGACCAGGCAAAUUGGCUACAAAAUUGAGGUGGUUUGAACACUCUGCUUGAAAAUGAUGAAUAAUUAGGAUUUGAGUUGAGAAAAUAAUUUAAAUCUUUCCAUUUGCUUUCUACAAAUGCUUAUAAUAAUGCGAUGGGGCGGAGAUACUGAUGAAAUUGCUGGCUCCCUAUGCACUAUGCAAAAACACAAGCUGUUUUUAGCGAGGUUGUAAUAUUGACUCGUGUAUAAGGCCGGAUUGGAGUCUUCUGGCAGGUACACGCAAUUUUCCCCUAAGUUUCUCAAGCAUCGAAUCGACGUGGCCUAUAUGACGGGGAAAUAUUGACGGGAUCGAUGAAUUUCUGCACGUGCCCAUGGGAAAGCAUUGAAGACCCCACAUCAUAAAUUUUUUAAAAACACAUUAUCAUAUACCAAGUAAAAUAUAUUAUAUCUUCCACUGUUUGCAAAAUUUAUUGCUUCAUGUACGACAAUUAGAAUAGUUGUAACCUUCCACGAUUUCAUAUUUCUAUGCACGAUUUUAUUAACGAUGACAUUAAAUAAAACAAAAAUAUUCAUCGUUAUUACAAGUUUCCUAUUUACUUAAUAUAUAAUGUCCGAAUGACAAAACGAUUAUUUGGAAGUGUUUACUUUCUUACUCAAUUCUUACCUUGUUAUACGUGACAAUAUUAAAUGUUUGUGGUGCCCUAUUGUUUUGGAUUAAAAGUAGAAAAUAAGUGUUUAAAUAUAGGCUUAUUUGCAUUGUUCUGACCGUUUAUAGUCCUGGCUGGAGCUUACACCCGAUAUCUGUGUCAUGCGAUGCCAGUGAGAUGCCGCCAAAGUGGCCUUCUUUUAUUAACUGCGUAGCUUUUUUUCUUAUUAGAUCUUUAUUGAUGAUUUUUAUAUUGGUUUGAUUGAUUUUUUAUUGACUAUUGAUUUGCACUCGAAGGACGUCAGUAGGAAAGAUAAAUAUAUGCACGUGAACAAAAUAAAAUAAAUCAUUUCA